AUAUUAUGCGUAAUAACUGGGCAGUGACAUACAUUAAGAUACGCGUAUACAUGUAGCAGGACUGAAUAUUCAGGGCUAGGGAGAGAGAGGUAGUACAUAGUGAAUUCGGUGUUGGCUUUGAAACGCAAUAUAUAGAUCACUUCGUCUCUCCAGUGAAGAAGGAAGGCGACUGAGGAUACAACCAUGGAGCUCAUGUCUUGGCUGCUCUUAGGCGUUCUCUUUAUCUCUUGUUUGUAUCUUUGGGGCAAGAUCAGAUCCUCGAAGACGCCUCCGAACUUUCCACCAGGACCCUGGGGUCUUCCAGUCAUCGGAAGCCCGUGGCUCCUCUUCAGAGACACGCACGUUUUACUGUCGGAGUUGUCGCGUAAGUUCGGGGAUGUCGUGUCUAUCAACAUGCUUGGGGAUCGAAACAUCGGCCUGAACUCUGCCGAAGCGAUGAGGGAGGCAUUCGCUUCUCAAGCCACAGGGUUAAUUUUCUCCGGCAGGCAGCAGGCGCUCUCUAUCAGUUCUAACUAUGAUCACAGUACCAUGUUCGCUGAACCGACUCCGGUCUGGUCCAAAAAGAGGAAGCUGAUCCACAAGAUCCUGAACAUGUACGGGGAGGGGGUUCAUGAGAUGGAGAGUGUGAUUCAUGAUGAAUUGUCCCAUGUGGUACAGUGGUUAGAGAGUCAUAAGGGGUUAGUGAAUCUGGACCACGUGAUUUAUCCCUCACUCUCCAACAUUCUCGCCAUGCUGCUCGUAGGUAAACGGUACGACUACGAUUCAAAAGUCUUGGCAAAUAUCCGUGUGUUCGUAGACGCAGGGAAUCUCUCCUUCUCCCCUGUCAACAACCUUCUACUAUCAAAAUUUCCUUUUCUCCGGUACAUACCCAUAGGACCCGGAAAAUACACCAUGAAAACCUGUCAAGCCGCCGAGCAGUUCCUGAAAGACGUCUAUGAAGAAACUAAGGCGACCUAUGACCCCGAGGUGACCCGUGGGAUGAUUGACUACUUGCUGCGCCAACAGGAGGAGGAGCGUGCUCAAAAUGGGGAGUCGUGGCUGAGCGACGAAGAUGUCAAGGCCAUUGUCCUAGAAAUGGUCGAUGCGGGUUCAUCAACUACGAGGGGAGCACUGUACGAAUUUUUUCUCAUCAUGGUUUACAAACCGGAAGUUGCCAAACGCAUCCAAGAGGAGAUCGACGAAGUAAUUGGUCCAGGCCGACUGGUGAAGAUUGAUGACCGAGCAAACAUGCCUUACACUGUGGCCACCAUCUUUGAAUUGCUGAGGUACACUUCUCACGUGCCGCUUGCGGUUCCGCACGUGACCACUGAAGACGUCACAUUCAAAGGGUACUCCAUUCCAAAGAGAACACCGGUGUUGCCAAACUUGUGGGGCUGUCAUCACGACGAGAAGGUCUGGCCGGAUCCCUGGGAAUACAAACCUGAGCGGUUUCUGGACGAAAACAUGAAGCUUCUGCCUACUGACCACCCAAACAGGAAAAACUUAAUCCCGUUUGGAAUUGGCCGUAGGUUCUGUGUCGGAGAAACGUUCGCAAGAUCUCGGAUGUUUGUUUUCAUUGUCACCUUACUUCAGAGAUUCAACUUCUCUCGAGAUCCCGAGAGACCUCUGCCGCCAUGUGACCCCAGAACGUUCCGAUUCUCCGCCGUAAUGUGGCCCGAUGACUAUUACGUGCGGAUAGAGCCACGUGUCUAGACAACCAGGGAUAAAUUUAAUAGCCCAUAAAUAAGGCAAUAAAUUAAACCAAAUGUAGGAACUAACUUUGUCCACCGUUAUUUUGGGGAUAAAGAAAUGUGUAAAAUGGUUUUUUGAUGCCCUUGAGCUGACAGUCGGUAUAUCAGGACAGUAAAGGAACUCUAGUUCUACACCAUCAGUAUUAUUAUUGUUCGGAGUACAACUAUUAUUAUAACUAGUGUUAAUCAGAGUAAUGGUAGUAUGCUGACGCACUUAUUGCCAUCAGUAGGCCCGCAUUCCUGGCUGUACCGUAAGAGUGGUCGUAGUAAAUGAUUACUUUUUUGGUGUUGGUUUUAUUAACUAUUUUCUUGAGAUCACUAUGCUCCCCAGCCGUGGAAACUUUUCAUUUCUGAUCUUUUUCAUUUUGGAAUUCUUCAUUUUUUAUUGGUAUACAGUAUACAGUAUACCGUACUUAAGCUUGUAUUUUCAAUGUUUCAUGCUAUCAAAUGUCUACACGUCUUGUAUUUGAUCCACUGGUGUACUUUAAUGUGAACGGUACUAAGUACAUAUACAUGUGCUUUCUCAAACAAACAAAA